AUGAAGUUGAUUGGCACUAUCACUACCGCCGCCCUGGCCUUCGCGGCCGCUGGGAGCGCUGCCGUCUGCACGCCUGGCUUGAAUUAUUGUACACGCGUUCUGACGGACGUCAGCGGUAGUAAUUUCGAAGCUAUACAACGAGAGCUGCAACGCACGGACAACGUUUGGCUUUCCAAUUCUCCCGGCCUCUGGGGCGGUCUAAUCUUUCAUUGCAAUAAUGACAAGUCCAUCACUGAAGUCGAGAGAUGUCCCGGUGGCUGUGUGAAUGCUGGAGCGGGGCAAAGUGACUACUGCAGCUCCCAGACCAGACUCUGGGGUUAG